AUGAAAGGCCGCCUUCUGUCCCAUUUGGUCCGUCUGCGCUCGGGCCAGAUACGGGUGGCCCAGCUGUGCCCCGACUCCGCCUCCCAGGCACACGGCGGGCCCCCACCCCCGGCCCUUCCCACGGGCUGGGCCAGCCCACCGCACGAGCAGCGGCGGCAGGAAUGCGCGCCGGCAGCCCGCGUUGAGGGUGAGGGGCGAGGAAGUGGCCAAGGGCUCCCCGUGGCGAAAUCAGAGUCUGAGCCCCGAGCCCGCAGCGUCUUCCGGAAGCGCAGCCAGGGGCGGCUCUCCGCUUGGCUGCGCCUCCUCACCCUCCCUCCCCAGUCCCUCGCAUCCCCUCCUAAGGAGGGAGCACCUCGGCUACACUGGUCCUCCUCUUAG